CUGGGAAUACCCGGUGUAGACGUAGGGCUCUUCAGGCAGCAUAAACAGAGUUUUGAAUAUGACGAAAAUGGAGGCUAAUCUACGAAAUUAUCGUUGACCAAAACAUGUUAUUGCGUGCGAUCCAUGUUGACAUUUUACCGUGUGGAAUUUGUUUUCUCAUAAGUAACGUAAGAAAAGUAACUGGAAACCAUAUCGCCCUGGAAUUAUUCACGCUGGACUGCAUUCUAACAUAAUGUGUAUUGUGGUUAUACUUUUCAUUGUUAGAUAGCGUACUCUUAAAAAUGUGGAAACUUUAUCGCCAUUUUGUUGCUUUCAUUUGAGUCACCGCCACUAUAAAUAUACAGGGCCUUUUGAAGUGUGGGCCGGGCUUGUUUAGUACGACAGCUACACUCCAUAGCGAUUGGCUGCAAUAGUAAACUGAAGUCUUUGAGCCGCAAUCGUUAAACCAAUUCGAUGUUUAUUGACUACACGGCACAGGACAAACUACUCCGUCCAUCGAUCGAAACACUUGGUCAGUGGCGAGAGGGGUACAGGCGGAUACAAAAUGGAGGGCCCAAUUAACAACACAGCUCUUCAGUACGUGAUCACCAACCACACCGGAAACGGAAGUAUGAAACUAUCGAUGGAGGCCGCUUGUGGACCCGGAGUCGGUAACGGAAGCACACCAUGUAAAGAGGAGGGUAUGGGGAUUAGUUUAUCCACACCUAUCCUCAUGUUGUCGUCUGGACUCAUGGGCAACACGUUGGCCCUUGUGGUGCUUUACACAAUGAAAACGGAAGCAAAACAAACUGUGUUUUUUACACUCUUGGCUGGACUAGCCUGGACAGACUUGAUUGGUCAGUUAAUGACCGGUCCGAUGGCAAUCAUUGUCUACGCUAACAACUUAUCAUGGGUGGGUGGUGAAGCGACAUGUAUUUACCACGCCUUUUCAAUGAUAUGUUUUGGAUUUCUCACACCCGUGCUCGUAUGCGCCAUGUCCUUAGAUAGACUUGUAGCUCUAAAAUUCACUUUUUUCUACGCUCGAAAUUUUACCAGAAAAAAGGCACAAGUACUUGUCGUGGUUUGUUGGAUUAUAGUAUUGUUUGUGUGUUCCUGGCCGCUGAUGGGGUUCGGCAGUUACGAAAAACAAUACCCAGGAAGUUGGUGCUUUCUGAAUUUCCAUAAAGAAAGCAGAACUGACGUGGCCUUUGCGACAACUUACUCUGUGAUAAACCUAUUACUUAUUACCAUUAAUUUCUUAUGUAACAUCGUCGUCAUAUCAACCGUUAUACACAUGAGAAAGAAAAGGAUUAUUCAAAAUUCGCCAUCCAUUGACAGAAAACGUAGACCUCAUCGUACAAAAUCACAGAAGAGGCUGGAAUCGGAGACACAAAUGGUGGUCUUCAUGUGUACCAUCACCUUCGUGUUCAGUGUGUGUUACAUACCAUUUAACGUAAAUAUCAUUGUAAACCAGGUGACGGGGAUAACCAACCACAAAGUGGACCUCAUAGUUCUCCGUUUACUCGCAAUUAACCAGAUCCUUGAUCCAUGGCUGUACAUAUUACUGCGCAGAGCUCAGUUAUUGAAAAUCUUAAACAAUAUCAAGUUGAAAAUCUGCUACGCUUGUGGAGGAUCGGGUAGUUUUAUAUCAUCUAAGCAAUACGAAUAUCCACACGAAAACAAAGAUGCAGAUAUUGGCAAAUCGUAUGUCUUAAAAUCAACGGCAUGUGAAGCUAACACUCAAUUACACCCCAUUGAAAACGGAAGUGACUCUUCCGGAAGCAGGGAAACCCUGGGCAGUACAUCGAAUCUGAUUCAGGAAAGUGAAAUAGAACACCCAAAGCCAUAUCGUAAAUACAUGCGAUCCAUUUCGGCCGACAACAGUCGUCCAGUGUUUAUCAGUGAUAGUGAUUCCGAUGUUUUCCACGAAGAAAUGGCGUGCUUUAAGACUUUGUUCAGUUCCGACAAACGGAAAAAAUACUCAACAUCCAGACGAAUGUCUGCGCAAAAUUCGACGGGACAACCUCGGACAGAAGGACUGGGGCAACCUCGAACAGAACGACUGUAUAGUCUGCCAAAUAGUAUUAACGUCUUUAGAGAGGAAGCCUUUUUAUAGCUCAUGUCCAAAAGUAUUGGUCACGAUGGAUAUAUACUCAUUGUAGUUACAUUCAGAGACAAAGUUCACAUGCAGUAUUAACCACUACGACAGGAGUCUGAAUCGUCCUUGACCUUCAUGUCUUGUAAUGAGGAAGUAAUAUAGGGGUUAGUGGUUUAGGGUGAACCUGGAGUGAACAAUGCCAGCUGUUGUUAUUCUAUCCGUAUGGUUGUAAUUGAACACGACUGUUCGAAAACUAGUUGAUUAUUUAAAAGAAGAGCUGGUGUUGUUUGGAUAUUUAGAUGCUUUAUCAACGUUUUUAUUGAUAUAGGAAUUUACAUUGCACAAGGUUAAAGGUCAUUCCAAUUAUCACGUGGCCCUAUUUAGAAUCACUCACCUGACCUUCGUGUAUACAAUAUAACAAAGUAUUGAUGUUAGAGGUGUUGUCGUACAUAAGGUAUUAAUAUUAAUUAUGUGACCUGGCUAAGUCUGAGAAAAGGGGUUAGGAAAGUGCUAGAUGUAUUUCUGUAUUCGUUAGCAUUGCCUUUGUGUUACUUGUUUGUUCCCGUAGUUGAGCUAAACAUACAUUAUUUGGUAUAUGUACAAGUUGUUAUCUUCUGUUAAAUAAAUUUGUUGUUUUUUAA